UACAGAAUCAUGGAUCCAGAUCUCAUGGUAGAAGAGAUGGGGGAUGUGACCACCACAUCCCCGUACACCGUAUUCCCAUCGAACCAUAGCUUCUGGAAGAAUGGCACUGAAAGUAACCUCAACAUAUACUAUUUUUAUGACUCGGUCCAGUUCACGGUGAUGUGGGUCCUCUUUGUUCUGAUCGUGGUACUGAAUGCGUCUGUCAUUGCAGCAUUGCUUUGCACCAAUGCAAGGAAGAGCAGGAUGAACUUCUUCAUAAUGCAAUUGGCUAUUGCAGAUUUAUUCGUGGGGCUGAUAUACGUUUUUGUGGAUAUCGUUCAAAAAAUUACCAUUGCGUGGCUGGCUGGCGAAUUCAUGUGCAAAAUUGUGAAAUUCCUUCAGGCUGUGGUGAUGUAUGCAUCGACAUACGUGCUGGUAGCCCUCAGCAUAGACCGGUGCGAUGCCAUCACGAACCCCAUGAAUUUCUCCGGCAGUUGGAACCGUGCAAGGGGUCUCAUCGUGUCAGCCUGGCUUAUUAGUAUAGUGUUCUCCAUUCCGCUUCUCAUACUAUACGAAGUGAAGGAAGUACAAGGUCAGCUACAAUGCUGGAUAGAAUUAGGCACAGCUCGACGCUGGCAGAUCUGGAUGACUCUGGUGUCAGUCAUGAUCUUCGUACUACCGGCGCUUGCUAUCGCCGCUUGUUAUGCCGUUAUUGUCCUGACUAUUUGGACGAAAAGCAAGGCUGUGGUCAUGAGUCCACCUAUCAACUCCAGAAGAACAAAAACUUUAAGAAAUGGGCAAGUGGAAUGCGACCCCGAUUCCAGACGCGCCAGUUCGCGUGGCUUAAUACCCAGAGCUAAAAUCAAAAGCGUCAAAAUGACUUUUGUAAUUGUUUUCGUGUUCGUCCUAUGCUGGUCUCCAUACAUAGUGUUCGAUCUCUUGCAAGUAUACAAUCAGAUACCGUUGACGCAAACGAACCUUGCCAUCGCCACUCUCAUACAAAGUCUCGCGCCGCUCAAUUCUGCAGCAAAUCCCUUGAUAUGCUGCAUGUUCUCGCCACACAUUUACUCAAGUUUAAGACGAGUACCGCCCUAUCGCUGGCUCUGGUGUGGACGUCGUCGGAGGCGGCACGUACGCGGAACUGUGCGCUCGCGUUCUGAUUCCACCGCUAACUCCGACUUACUGAGUUCCACCCACGCGAGACGGUCGCAUUCCGUCGCCACUAUACUAAACCGCACCCGUAGUAGCAGCAUAACGCGAGCGCAGGAACAACGCCGCACCCAGCUACUAGUGCUGUUGCCGCCACGAGACUGACGUCGACCCGCCGCGCUAGCUCGCGACGUUAUGCUUUAACGAAUAUUAUUAUGUAUACGCUUAAUGAUACCCAAAUUAAGCAUAGUGAUUGGUUAGUAUUAAUAAGCGUAAAUUGUUUUAUUAAUAGUAUAUGUUAACAAUAUAUUGGUAAAUUAUAUAUUAUUUUCCGAAUUUAAUCAUAUGUCAGAUCGUAUUUAUUUAACACGCGAAACUAUCAACGUAAUCACAUUUAAAAUUUUAUUGUGACAGUAUCUGGCAAAAA